AUGAUCGAUCUUAAUUUCAGAGAAGAAAAAGCCGAAACAGCAGACAGUGAUGAAAAAAAGAAAGUGAUUAAGAAGAGAGCUAAGAAAGACGAUUCAGAAUCUGCCAGCGCUGAAGAAGAGGAAACAAAAGUAGUUACAACAGAGAAACCACCUAAAAAGGAAGAAAAGAAACACGAGAAAUCAGUUGAGAAGACAGAAAAACACAAGAAAAAGUCGAAACCUAAGAAACACAAAGAACAUAAAGAAGAAAAAGAGGAGAAAGUAGAAAGUAGUAGUAAGAAAGUAUCGAAAGAGACAAAAGAGGAGAAAGCAUCCUCAGAAGAGAUACAAGUGAGAGGGCAGUUGAAGCCCGAACAGGCUUCGUAUGAGUCAAGUCGGGAUGACAAUGUUAAUGAUCCAGACAACGAAUAG